CGGUUCUGCCGCCAAAAAAACAAAACAACCGAUUGUUCGGGAAGCGAUUCGCUCUUCAUUCGCUCGUCUUCACCCCUUCGCGCGCCUGCAGUAAACAACUAGGGUUUGCGGUUGUGACACGCAAAUAGAUCGUCGCGCUUGUGGUACCAACGGGCGUCUUCGGUCAAGUUCUACUUAAUCCAAUACGCCUAGAUUAGUCGAGAGUGGCGGGAAGGCGAACGGGAAAGAGGGUGAAUGUGCGUGUCGCCGAACCGUUUCUGGCCAAUCACCAUCUAGUUUGAGGUACGACAGGAAGCUCUCCGCGAGGAGGUGUAACCACUUGCCGUAAAGCGGCCCGGAACUGGAGCGCCACGACUCUUUGCAAUAUCAUGACGCUUUAAUGGAACAUGACUUCUGUUCUCCCCGCCCCGCUCAGAGACGUCAAACCACCCGUACCUUUCGUGCGAUCAAGCCCAAUCAUGACCGAGGUGCAGGAACCGACACCGCCGCAGAACGUUCACCAGGAUGAUGACCCGCAGCGAGGCCGUCGCCGGAGUCGCUCGCCUGACAAGGAUAUCGAUGGCAACGAUAGCGACCAAGGCGGCGACGGUGACACCAAGAACGAUAAUUCGUCUAAUUCGGACGGGCCCGUAAGAAAGCGGAGAAGGAGUCGCAAAGGUCUAGACAAGAAAUUCGAAUGCCCUACCGAGGGUUGCGGCAAGAGUUACUCCAGAGCUGAGCAUCUCUACCGGCACCAAUUGAACCAUUCGCCGAAACAGAUAUAUAGAUGCGACUUUCAAGAUUGCAAGCGCCAGUUCGUCCGACUCGACUUGUGCAACCGACAUAAGGAUCGCCAUACUGCGAAAGGGUCUGCGCUAAAUCGUAAAGAUUCUUUAAUCAGCCAGUCCUCUCCCGUCGACAACGUAAGACCUCCGUACCCUACGCCUAGUGCCGUUUCUCCCGAUUCCGAUCUGCUUGGGCCAAGCUAUACUCAAGGACGUGGUGCUCACUAUGAAUACCAGUCACCAAAAGAUACCAUCGGUACCCCAUAUACUCCUAUAGCGAAUACGCCACCCACGGCCUUCCCACAUAGUGGUGCUCCUAAUGGGGUUGAUGGUUAUAUGCAUCAUGAAGCAGGUUAUCCCGCUCCUCAUGGAGCGCGACAUCCGCACCACUCACCCUCUGGCCCUCCGCGACCAACCGUCCAGACAAACGUUGGUGCUCCUUAUGGGGUUCUAUCGCCAGUCUCGACGCAACAUAGCAAUUAUCACGGCCAACUUACUAGUACCCCUCAGUCUGCUCCGGCGAUGCCGUACGUCGCUCAACAAAACCUAACACCCUUCACUUUACCACCCUCGGAUUUUGCGACCGCGACCACGACUGCCGCCGGCAUGCCAAGAGAAUCCGGACAGGCUUACGCUCCGGUAAAUUCCAACGAUUAUAAUGAUCAUGCGCAUUCGCAAUCAAAUGGAGAAAUGGUGUUAUUAGAUCAAAUGGCGACCCAAACUACUAUUCCGGUCUUUGGCAGUGAUGGCGUAUUAAACAAGUCCCCAUACGUCGCUAUUCCAGAAGACUUUUUCGCGUACCUAUUUAACACUAACGAACCCGGCGGCUCGCCCCAUGUGGGCCAUGUCAUGCCGCAAAAUCAAUAUGCUAAUUAUGCGGAACAUCAAUACGGAAUGCCGUAUUAUGGAUCUGACAGUUCAUCUCUAGGAUAUUUUCCACCGUCUAACCAACCACAGCAAGUCAUGGCAGUUACAAAUCUUCUUGACCCGAAUCUUCCGGAGUCCCUCUUGUCUGACGAGAAGAGCCAUGAAAUUUUCGAUUUUAUUAAGGAGAGAUUCCACGAGAAUGACCAAUCGCCGGUUGAGCGUCAGCGGGAAAGCAUCCUGGAUGGCGAUAGAACUGAUGAGAACCACAUGCUAAGUAGGAAGAUGAUGCAACAAUAUAUAGGAUCUUACUGGGUUCACUUUAGUGAUCAAAUACCAAUCCUACACAAACCAACGUUUUCGCCAGAUAAGACGCCGAAUUUGUUGUUAAUAGCAGUCAUGGCGAUAGGAGCUGCCUGCCUAGAUAGGACACAUGGGCCGAAGGUUAUUAGGGCUGGAUCUCAAUUGUCUAACUUCCUCGCAUGGCAUCUCAGGUGGGAGAUAUUCAUGGAUUCGAAUUGCCGGCCGCCGGCCAAAAUAUGGGCUUUCCAGACGUUGCUAUUAUUGGAACUUUACGAGAAAAUGUACUCAACAAGGGAGCUUCACGAAAGAGCUCAUAUUCACCACGCGACAACGAUUACGCUCAUGAGACGAGGAAGGUCGCUGAUAGGGAGAUCGGCGCUUGACUCGCCACCUAACCCGCGAGAUGAGAAACUAGGGACGAAUAGUUCCCGGCAUUCUUCGACUUCGGGAUUGGCGCACACGCCGGAUGAAUGGUGGAACCACUGGAUUACAAAUGAGACUACCCGGCGUGCUGCAUUCGCUGCGUUCCUCAUCGACUCGAUUCAUGCUACAAUGUUUGGACAUUCGACUGUGAUGGUAGCGCAUGAAAUGCGUCUGCCUCUUCCUUGCGAUGACACGUUAUGGAAGGCUACGAGCGGCGCCGAGGUUGGUAGGAUCGAAGCGAAUCUCAUGUCUAACGGGAUUAAGCCGAUUUCGUUCUUGGAGGGCCUUAAGAGAACACUUGCAGGACAAGAAGUGCAGACGAAUCCUUUCGGUCGACAAAUUCUUAUGGCGGGUUUAUUAAGCGUUAGUUGGCACAUGAACCAACGCGACCUUCAAGUUAGCUCUUUAGGAGGCGGCGUACAACAAGCCCUCGGUGGCCGCGACAAAUGGCGGUCAACACUCACUAAAGCGUUCGACUCGUGGAAGACGGACUUUGACAAGUCAUUACAACGUGCCGAUACAAUGGUCGAUCCAUACAGUUACGACAAACGAAGUGAGGCCAAUGUCGUGUUCGAGAGUCGGACCGUGCUGCAUCAUUUGGCACACAUGGCGAUGCAUGUGGAUAUCGUCGAUUGCCAAAUAUUCGCUCGCGCAAAGCGCUUGUUAGGCAGGGCAAUUGGUACUCAGGAUUUGAGCAGCGCGCAACGUAGGAUGAAGGACCUUUGGGCACCUUCUGCGAAAGCUCGCGACGCGACAUUUUAUGCUGCUAAGUUUUUAUGCUCCGUAUUACUACCUGAGAAUGCGAACCCGUCCUCGGACGGCUACAGUACUCAGUCAGGUAUCAUUACAUAUUUCGCUAGAGACGACGUUCUGCUGAACCGACCUUGGGUACUUUACUUCGCAGCAUUAGUUGUGUGGUGCUAUGGUUAUGCGCUGGAGGGACCUUGUCCUGGAGUUCCGAUUCCAAAUACACCACAAGAGAAGAUGGGUCAGAUGCGCGAUUACCUACUGAGAGUUGGCUCAGUGGGAUCGCCGGAAGAUUUGAAAGGAAUGGGGGGCGUUAACAACAACAGUGCUCUGCUCGUGGUCCUUAAGGACUCGUUCGAGUCGACGAGAUGGGAGCUGCUACACGAAGGUGCGACUUUGCUAAGCAAUUGUAUUCAGCUGAACAGUGGCGCGAGCGUGGUCUAGCGAAGCACUCUACAAGCAGAAAUAAACGAAAAACAAAGAUUUAUUAUGAAAUAUGGAACAUUUGGAGGCAUGAUGAACGAGAUUCCGAGGAUGGCUAACUUGAGGUAUGAGGAGGGGGGAGGGAGGAAUGGAUUACGGGGCAAGCGGUAUUGAAAAAUUUAUUCGCGCGGAUUAUACCAAUCAUCCAUUCAUCUACCA